GAUCUGUUUAAGUCGUGAUUUGGCUUGGUCCCAAAUAAAAACAUACUAAUUCCUUGUCUAGCUAGGGCUUACGGUAGAAACAUAACUUGCUUUAUGGAGUACAUUGCAGUAGCGAUAAAUACGUGCGCCUGAAUAUCACCACUCUUUUCUUGACUGUAAUGUAUACACAUAAGAUAUGAUUCAUGCAUGUAUUGCUACGAACAUUUGUCCAUUCAUUAUACGAACCCUUAGCUUUGGUCUUUGGAGAUCAAGGAUCAUACACACAACAUAUAUUUUCUCCUACGUCGUCGUUUUCUUUGACAGAUCAACUUGAUCGAGCGAUUGUCACCAUGGCCAAGAGCAGGCAUGGGAAACGAGAUUUGCACUCUUACACAAUCAGAGGCACCAACAGAGUCGUCAGAGCUGGAGAGUGUGUGCUGAUGAGAUCGCCGGAGAACGAAACAGCCCCAUAUGUGGCAUAUGUGCAGAAAAUAGAGGCUGACGACAGAAACAAUGUGAAUGUGUGUGUGAGGUGGUAUUACCGACCGGAGGAAACAAUGAGAGGGAGGCAAUCGUUUCACGGAACUAAAGAGUUGUUCUUAUCAGAUCACUAUGAUGUCCAGAGUGCCGAAACCAUUGAAGGGAAAUGUACCGUUCACUCUUUCAUGGCGUACACUGAACUUUCAUGUGUCGGUCCAGAUGAUUACUAUUGUCGAUUUGAGUACAAUGCUGCAACUGGAGCUUGCCAUCCUGACCGAGUUGUUGUGUAUUGCAAAUGCCAGUUGCCUUACAACCCAGAUGACCUGAUGAUGCAAUGUGAAGCCUGCAAGGACUGGUUCCAUCCCAGGUGCGAGGGCAUGUCUAUCCAACAGGCAAAGCAGCAGGAUCGAUUUGUUUGUACCGCUUGUUUAUCGGCUCAACAUGCGAAAAAACGCCCAAGCGAGUGUCCUGUUUCUGCAAUGAGUAGUGACAAGGUUAGACCAAAACGACAGAAGAGAUAGUUCCAGUUUGAAGCAGAGGGAAGAUGAAUACUAUGAUUAGCAGUAGUAGUGGUUUUGUGUUCUUUUUUUAUUCAUUCAUUAACUAUCUAGUGUCUCUUUGGUAGCUUCAUUUUGAUGCAUGUGACUUGAAUCGCCAGGCUAAUAAUGAGAAUAGUAUGAUAUAGCUUAAUGUUU